AGAGAGAGCAAGAGCAAGAGCAAGAGGAGGGGUAGAAGCACAUGAAAAACUGCGUAACCCACUGCUGGUUGAGAUAGACGGGGCAGAAAGGUUGCCUUUCUGGGUCGUAGGCGCUUUGCUGGAGCUUUGCUGUACUUUUAUGCGAAACGACAGCGGAUUUAGAAGACCUGCCGAGGUUUUCCGGGGUUCCUCUCCAGAAGUUCCUGUUCUUAGAUGGUAACAGAGAGCUUGAGAUAAGAGAGUGAAAAUGGCAGUGUGGAUCCAGGCCCAGCAGCUGCAGGGAGAUGCUCUACACCAGAUGCAGUCUCUCUACGGGCAACACUUCCCCAUAGAGGUGCGACACUACCUGUCCCAGUGGAUAGAGGGACAACUCUGGGAUGCGAUAGAUUUAGAGAACCCUCAGGAGGAGAUUAAAGCCAAGCGUUUAUUGGACAGCCUGAUCCAGGAACUACAGAAGAAAGCAGAGCAUCAAGUGGGAGAGGACGGCUUCUUACUCAAGAUCAAAUUAGGACAUUAUGCUUCACAGCUAAAGAGCACGUAUGACCGCUGUCCCCUUGAGCUGGUGAGAUGCAUCAAACACAUCCUGUAUACAGAGCAAAGACUUGUCAGAGAGGCGACUAAUUCGAGUUCACCGGUGGGCAGUCUGAUGGACAGCAUGUCGCAGAAGUACCAUCAGAUAAACCAGGCAUUCGAGGAGCUCAGAGUAUUGACUCAGGACACAGAGAAUGAUCUCAGAAAACUACAGCACAACCAGGAGUACUUCAUUAUACAGUACCAGGAGAGCCUCAGAAUACAGGCUCAGUUAUCAAGUCUGGCCACACUGCCUCCAGCAGACCGACAGCUACGAGAGCCCAGCCUGCUCAGCAAGAGAGCCACAGUAGAGGCCUGGCUGACCCGAGAGGCCAACACCCUGCAGAAAUACAGACUGGGCUUGGCAGAGAAACACCAGAAGACACUGGCAUUGCUACGGAAACAGCAGACGGUGAUUCUUGACGACGAGCUGAUUCAGUGGAAGAGACGUCAACAACUGGCUGGCAACGGCGGGCCGCCCGAGGGAGGACUGGACAUACUACAGUCAUGGUGUGAGAAGCUAGCGGAAACCAUUUGGCAGAAUCGUCAGCAGAUCCGGAGGGCGGAGCAUCUGAGACAGCAGCUGCCCAUUCCUGGCCCCAUCGAAGAGAUGCUGACCGAACUCAACAGCACCAUCACGGACAUCAUCUCGACUUUAGUCACUAGUACCUUCAUCAUCGAGAAGCAGCCUCCUCAGGUGCUGAAAACACAAACUAAAUUUGCGGCGACAGUGCGUUUGCUGGUUGGUGGCAAACUGAACGUGCACAUGAACCCACCGCAGGUCAAAGCCACCAUCAUCAGCGAGCAACAGGCCAAGGCCCUGCUCAAGAAUGAAAACACCAGAAAUGACAUCAGUGGUGAGAUCUUGAAUAACAACUGUGUGAUGGAGUACCACCAGACCACAGGCACUCUCAGUGCACACUUUAGAAACAUGUCUCUGAAGCGGAUCAGGCGUUCAGACCGUCGAGGGGCAGAGUCUGUUACCGAGGAGAAGUUUACCAUUUUGUUUGAAUCACAGUUCAGUGUUGGGGGAAAUGAGCUGGUAUUUCAAGUUAAGACUCUCUCUUUGCCUGUGGUGGUAAUUGUCCAUGGAAGUCAAGACAACAAUGCCACGGCCACAGUUUUGUGGGAUAAUGCAUUUGCUGAACCGGGACGGGUGCCUUUCAUUGUGCCCGACAAGGUGUUAUGGCCGCAGUUGUGUGAGGCUCUGAAUAUGAAGUACAAGGCCGAGGUGCAAUCAAAUCGAGGUCUGUCUGAGGGGAAUCUUGUCUUUCUCGCUCAGAAAGCCUUCAGCAGCUCCAGCGUCAACCCGGAGGACUACCGCAACAUGACCAUGACCUGGUCACAGUUUAACAGGGAGAGUUUACCAGGCAGGAACUUCACUUUUUGGCAGUGGUUUGAUGGUGUGAUGGAGCUUACUAAAAAACACCUGAAGCCUCACUGGAAUGACGGGGCGAUUCUUGGCUUUGUGAAUAAACAGCAAGCUCAGGACAUGCUGAUGUCCAAACCCAACGGAACCUUCCUGUUGCGCUUCAGUGAUUCGGAAAUUGGUGGCAUCACCAUAGCCUGGGUGGCAGAGAACCCUAACAAAGCAGGAGAAAGGAUGGUGUGGAACCUCAUGCCAUACACAACCAAAGACUUCUCUAUCCGCUCCUUGGCGGAUCGCAUCAGCGACCUGAAUCAUCUCCUGUUCCUCUAUCCUGACCGGCCCAAAGACGAGGUCUUCUCCAAAUACUACACCCCUCCACUGUCUAAAGCUGUGGACGGAUACGUAAAACCACAGAUCAAACAAGUAGUGCCAGAGUUUGCGACACCUAACCCUGACCCUGCAGCAAACCCCACCUACAUGGAUCAUGCGGCAUCUCCGGCUGUCAGUCAGCCACAUGCUUAUGGACUCUAUCCUCCCAUAGGAGACCCUAUGCUGGACGCUGAUGGCGAUUUCGAUCUGGACGACACCAUGGAUGUAGCGAGGCAUGUAGAGGAACUGCUCCGUCGACCGAUGGAGGGCCAGUGGAGCGGCCAGCAGUCAUGACCUUCUUCAUCUGUGACUCUUCUCCCUUAACAAUGUUUUUUUAAAUACAUUUUUCUCCCUCUACUCUAAGUGUAUUUUCCCCAUUUGUUUCCCAGUGUGGGUCUUUAUGACUUUCAGUUUAGCUUUUUCUCUAUCUCUCUUUUUCCUCUUUCAUCGCACCUCUUUUUCUUUCCCCCAUCCCUUGUUUCUGUAGAGAAAGGAGCUAAUGGAAGAAGAAAAAUACAAAGAGCCUUCCUCUAAUUAAAUACCACCAAACAGUAUUGUAGGAAAAAAGAGAGAGAGAGAGGGAGAGAGAUGCAUGUUAUCUCUUUUCCUUUGUGAGUGUAUUUGUUUUUGUUUCAAAUUGACUUUUCGCAGAACAAAUCUGUGAAACCCUUAAACCGAAAUGUACUACUGUAAGGAACAUUAUGUUUUUCAAACUGUUCUAUGGUUUAUUUUGAGGGUGUUCAGAUAUCUAUUGCAUCUGAAGUAAAUGCAUAUUAUCCUUUGCACUCUCAAACGAAUGCUUUCUUGCAGACGAUGACAUUAUUGUUACUAUGGCGAUUGCAAUAUAACGCUUCUGUACACUAAAGAGUGUUUAGGUUGCAAGGCUGUUAACAUUCGUUGCACCGACAGGCUGAAUGGGUUUAAUCAUCCCUUCACCCUGUGUGUUUAAUCUGAACCUUGAACAUAAGUUACACCCACAUCCAAACCAGCAGCGUCACGACCUGUCACUCACAUCGAUGAAACUGAGGCACACAUGAGAAAUGCACAUGCGCCCGCUCGCAUCCGUCCCACGUUAAGUGAUGGAAACACAUGGUCCGCUGAGCGUCUCGGCUCACGCUACACUACACAGGCCGUCUCUCUUUCUCCGUCUGUCUCUCUCCAUUACAACAGGUGAUGACCUCAUCUGUUCUCAUGCUUCCCUCUCGGAACAAAACAAAAGAACCUGUCGUCAUGGUUACACAUGCUGCUCCCGGCUGCUCCUCAUAUGCUCAUAACUGGCCAUCCUAUAGGUUCGCAUUGUUACCGACCUGCAUCUUUUUUCUCUCGCGCUCUGCAUAUGCCUGCACAGAAGCCUAGGCCACUCAGGACAUUGACGUACAGUUAUUGUAAAAUACCUAUAAUAAUAAUUAUAAUAAUAAUCAAAUAUAAAUUAAAAAAAACACACAUUUGAAAGAAAGAACCUAUAUCCGGAAUAUAUGAAUUUAUUUUUUGUUAACAUAUUUCUAUUUUAUUACUGUAGGACGCUAGAUGGCUCCAUCACUCUGUGUAGUGCAAAAUGAUGCUUUACUGUGUCUGAUUGUCUGUAGAAGCCCUGAUGUACUGACCCAGAAUCAGUACACAAAACUAUUAUCGGCACAAAGGGGUCGCUGCCAUCUCAGUAGUUCCACUUCAGAUUUCAGCUGAGCUUUUGCAUGGAAGAAAAGGCCAAACAGUGAAGUUAGCACGAAGAGACGUUUUCUGUGUGCUUACUGUAUGUGUAAUCUGCAAACCUGACUAAUUACGCCCACUUUUAGAUGCCUGUAUUCAUUUUUAAAGGAUGGUUUGUUCCUCGCAGUGGAUGUUGUUGUUUCCCCCCCCCCCCUCUAUUUCUGUCAUGGCAGAGACACAUAGGAAGCUGUGUGAUUUUUCUUUAUCUUUUUUAUUGUCUUUGUUUUCAAAUUGAUUCGUCAUGUUGUGUAGACUGUUUCUCACUGUAGGUGUCAUUGUGUGUGUGUGCGUGUGUGAGAGAGAGAGAGAAAGAGUGAAUGAAUGCGUGCAUGUGUGUGUGUGUGUGUGUGUGUGUGUGUGUGUGUGUGUGUGUGUGUGUGUCGGCAUGUUCAGCUCUGCUCUGUCUUGUGUUCGUACCAUGUUUGGAUGUAGAGAAGAGCAAUUGAAUUGACAAUAAAGUUUUUUUUUUGUUUUUAUAA